AACCAGUUAGGACAUAACACCGGUGUAUCGAAGUCGGUUUGUCUCUCGAAUAAUGUUCCCCUACAGUUAAAAUAAGAGUUUCUCGCAGCUCCCUCCUCUGCAUUUAGGGUCAAGGUUAUGGUGAUUAGACGUAGCUGGUUGAGUUGUGGUUCGGUUAAGUUUGAGCAUUAUAAAAGACGACUUGUUAAGGAGGAUGGGCUUCUCACCGGAAGUUAGGUGAUUACGUUUAGCGUUCGGCGGAAGAAGUAUCGAACCACGAAGUUGUUCGCUAGCUAGCUGGAACCGAAGUUAACAUGCAAAUUAUCGUGAUUAAAUAAAGUAAGAUAUGCUGCAACACUAUCUAACUAAAUGCCGAAACAUGCCUGACAUUAUUGACUUAAUUCAAGGGCGUAUUCAGAAAAGACUGUUAUGCUAACUUAGCUAACUAGCUACUGUUGUUAGCUAUAAAACAGUUUCAUGCCUCAUCUGGUGACCCGCUUUUCACCCUGAUUUAAACGAAAUAUAACUUAUAUUUGGCACUUUUGGUCGUUAUUGUUGACAUUCUCUUAAAGUAAGAGCGUCACAAAACAUACACUUUUAGCCCAGUAAUAUCUGUAACAUGGAUAAGUCAGCUGUGUUAAACACAGACGGUGCAGAUGCAACAGUGGAUGCAGAUAAAUGUUAUAUCUGCCUGAGUUUCUUCAGAGAGCAGACUGUUGCCUCUCUGGACAACUGCCAGCAUGUGUUUUGUCUUGAAUGUAUUCUUCAGUGGUCCCAGACAGCCAACACCUGUCCGGUGGAUCGGAUCAGUUUUACUUUCAUCCAUCCUGGAGGCAACAUUCAAAAGAAGAUCAAAGUGAGGACGCACAAAAAGGAUGAUGAUGAAGAAGAAGAAGAAGAGGAGCGGAGCAGUGCUGUUAUCUGUGAGGAAUGUGGACGCAGCGACCGUAGGCACCGGCUGCUGGUGUGCAUCCACUGUGAUUCAGGGUAUCAUAUAGACUGCUUGACACCUUCAUUAAACACGGGCCCUGAAGGUGACUGGAUUUGUCCUGAUUGUACGGUCACUCCUCAUCAUACAGAUGGCUCAGUGGUAGAAGAAGAGAUCAGCGAUGGGGAACUAACAGACCUCUUAGCCGAAGUAGAUGAGACGCCGUCUACCAGCAGUCGCCUUCGGCCCUCCACCAUCAAUCAACCCAGCAGCUCCAGUGGACGACGACACAGCCAGAGGAUCCAGAGCAGAGCCAGCAGCAGUCCUGACCCUCGCCCCCAAACCUCCUGGCACGUACCUAAAUACUUGUUACGGGCAUCAAAGCCGUCAGUCGCAACAGAUGAAUCAGCUGCACCUCAACACAGCAAUUUAAAGACUAGAAAAAGAAGGAAACGUGCAACUUGAGCUGCUGGAAUACAGUUUAUAUCGUCACAAAAGCUGAAUGUGCUUCUGCCAGAAACGACCACAUGGUGGCAGCAUUGCGUUAGCAGUCAGACGUUAAGUUCUAAACAUAAACAUGAUAUGAAGGAAAUGAACUUGAACCAGGUGCUUUUUUUUGGUUUCUUUUAACAGUGACGUUGUUUGAUAUCCUUUGUAAAAACUGUUGUUGAAUGUUUCUGUUUUCACUUUCCUGAAACAGUAAGGCUGGUAAUAAUCUAUAUUUUUCUUAUUGUCAACAAAUCCUAUGAAAGUUAGUCUGUCCAUCAAAACUUUACCAAGUCUACUGGUUCUUCCUGAAGAUGUAAAUCUUUAAAAAUGGGUUAAAAAUAUAUAAAACAGCUUCUAAAAAUUACUUUUAAGAGGUUAUUUUUUGUAAAGGUGGCAAAUGUUCACGCAAAUACAAGUAAAUAGAGCAUUAGUUGAGGACUAUUUUCAGCCAUGGAUUAAUACACUUGGUUCUAGUGCGAAUUUGCUGCAGCAGGAUGGUCUAUGUGGGAUUGACUCAAAAUAAACUGCGGUUGCCAUCUUCAGCAUAAUGAAAGGACACGUCAGCCGCUGCAACAGCGUGACUCACUGUUGUGUUUUUAAUAAUUUUUGGACAACAAUGGAGCUCCAUAGCGCAGAGGAAUAAGAUAUAUCUGGCUGCAGCUACAAACGCUUGUCAGCAGGAACAAUUUAUUGUUGGUUUUUUGGGGGUUUUUGUUGGAUUUGUUGACAAUAAGAACAGUAUAGAAUAUCACCAGGCUUAUUUACUUUUAGUUGUCAUAUAAUCUGUGUAAAUAAAGUAUUAAUUGUUUGA